GGCGUGUUCCCUGUGCGGGUGUUCGUUUUGCACUGAGUGCAUCUCUCGCCACUCGUGUGUGCGUCGUGCCGAAGCCUGUGGGUCCACGCCCAUCCUGUUAGGGGUUGCCCUCCGUGACCAUGUCCAAGUCUCUGAAAAAGUUGGUGGAGGAGAGCCGGGAGAAGAACCAGCCGGAAGUGGACAUGAGUGACCGGGGCAUCUCCAACAUGCUGGAUGUCAACGGCCUGUUUUCCUUAGCCCAUAUCACACAACUGGUGCUCAGCCACAACAAGCUAACAACAGUGCCACCAAACAUAGCGGAACUGAAGAACUUGGAAGUUCUCAACUUUUUUAAUAACCAGAUUGAGGAGCUGCCCACACAGAUCAGCAGCCUUCAGAAGCUCAAACACCUGAACCUGGGCAUGAAUCGGCUGAACACUUUGCCUCGAGGGUUUGGCUCCCUGCCAGCACUAGAGGUUCUGGACUUGACUUACAACAACUUGAAUGAGAAUUCUCUUCCUGGAAACUUCUUCUACCUGACCACCCUGCGUGCACUCUAUCUAAGUGACAACGAUUUUGAAAUCCUGCCGCCAGAUAUUGGGAAGCUCACAAAGUUGCAGAUACUCAGCCUUAGGGAUAACGACCUGAUCUCGCUGCCUAAGGAAAUCGGGGAGCUCACCCAGCUUAAGGAACUCCAUAUUCAGGGGAACCGCCUGACCGUCCUGCCCCCAGAACUAGGAAACUUGGAUUUAACUGGUCAGAAGCAGGUGUUCAAAGCAGAGAACAAUCCCUGGGUUACCCCCAUUGCUGACCAGUUCCAGCUUGGAGUGUCCCAUGUUUUUGAAUAUAUUCGUUCUGAGACAUACAAAUACCUCUACGGCAGACACAUGCAGGCAAACCCAGAACCGCCAAAGAAAAAUAAUGACAAAUCGAAGAAGAUCAGCCGGAAACCCCUGACAGCCAAGAACAAAUAAAGGGUUGGCAUUAGCCGGGUUUCUAGCCUCUUCUCUCACUAACAUUUCCGUUCUCUCUUACACUGUCUCUCAAAUAAAUGCAGUACGUGUGUGCCUUUUUUUUUUUUUUUCUUUUCACUCUCUCUUUCUAGUGCCUCCCACCUUACCUUUUAGAUUCUUUUGAUUGGUGGUAGAUUGUUAUAAGGUCUUAAAACCAUUUCCAUUUGUUUCUUUAAAAUUGCCAAAGGCAGGGAACAAAGAUUCUAUUCAACUGCAAAUUCCAUAGUAGGCACAGGUUUGAGUUCCUUGAAUAGACACCACAAGGUUGCUUAUUAUCAAAAGAAUAAUUAAAAUCAUGUAACCGUUUAAAUGUCACAGUUAACACUUAUCACUUUUUCUGUUUAUUCACAUAACUCAUUAUUUUGCUUUAUUAAAAGCCUUCCUUCACCACUGAGAUAUUAUGUUUAUUUAACUUACAAAUAAUUUUAAUAAAAUCUUGGAUUUGUAUCACAUGUUGCUUCUUGACUGGAGUAAAGAACAAUCUGAUCUUGGGGUA